CCGCGGGAGGAUCCGGCCGGCUCAUUGUGAUGCCAGGCGCUUAAGAACUUCAAUCUCUGCAGGUUUACAUCGACAAUGUCACAGCCAGCCCUGUCCGCUGUAGCGUCUCUUGCAACUCAAAGGUCCCCAACAACGCAGAGAUUUUCGAUAUCUGGCAGGCGAUGAACUCAGCGAAACGAGAUGCCACGAAGUUUGAGCAGGCCUUUGCACGUUUGCUGAAGUUUUUGCAGUCUUCCGGCGUACCCAAUAUCACAACGUCGCUUUCUCCCAAAACUGUUGAGGCAUUUUAUGGUGUUAGGACGAGCUCAGGGCAGCAGGAGCGUGCGGUUAAUAUGAACUCUAGUUCUCGUUCCGCGGUUAUGGCUUCUGGUCCAAGGGUCUCCCUGCCCCCCCAGCGUAGUCCCCUCGCUGAAAGUCCACCGGUGGUUUCAGCGAAUGCAGUGGCUCAGCCCAUUGUGUCUCAAGAAGAAUAUCUUUUCGAGAGGACUAAUCCUGCGGAAUUGAGCGAUCAAGCGCCUGAGGCUGAUGCCUUACCGCCAUACAUUCCGAUUCCUGUAGAGCCCUCUCACUCAGUCGAUGACCGUCUAAUGGCUGGGGCACAGGGUUCUUCUCCACUUGGCAAUCAUAUAGUUGAUGUUUCCGAUAAUCCUUAUACCUCUUCUUCUGGUCUCAACAUUGCCGCAUCCAACUCUAAUCCCGCUGAUCAGUCACCUCCCAAUCAACACCUUGAAUUGGGUGAUUCUGCACCACCCGGAUACCAGUUGCUACCAGAAGUUGGAGAGACGUCCCACACGAGACGUCCAUCCGAAGGUGGAAUUCACGCCACAUAUAGGCAAGAAUCCAUCUCGGUGGCGAUGACCGCGACACCAGCGCGAUCUGCUUCAUCGGGUCCGACGAGUUCUGGGACUGUUUCUGAGCGGGUCGUUAGCCCAAAUCGGCUGUCUCAUCCCGGACAGUCAUCGCCUCGGCCUAAUCCGACCAUCCAUGCAGAGCCUUUGAUCUCCUCUUCAGGACGCAGCUCUCUUCCAAAUGGCUCGAAUUCUGUCCAAAGUCCCGUGCGAGGAGCUGCGAGCUUCUAUGCAAAUACUGGGUCUCAUAGCUCCGUUCUCUUUCAGUCACAUCAGGGUUUGGUUCCUAGCUUUGAAAUGCCUGGAGGAACUACUGGGAACCGCCCCCCGCACCACCCUUCAGGCACCAUAUCGGGUUCGUCCCAAGCCCAAACUAUUCAGGCAGCAGGGUCCCAGCAUGCUCCCGUCUCUUCAAAUCAUGUAACCCAGAAUCAUAGCCAGCCGGUAUCGCCUCACUCGGGCUAUCAAAACGGAGCGAUGCGAUCUGCUGCUCACCCCGGAGGCGCUGUAUCUGGUACUGCAUUUACAACUGCCACUCUCCCGAACCAGCCUGCAAUCUCAAAUGUAUCUUCUCCAUCCAUUCUGACCCCUACUGCUGGGGACAGUGGCCUUUCUCAUCCUUCGUUGCCUCAUCAUUCCAGCACCUUGCCUCCGUCCUUGGAUUUGAACCAGAUUCCAACUCAUACUCCAUCGGCAUUGCCACAGUCAGCGCAGACGCAAGGCAUGGUGCCUCAGCAUGCGGCAGCGCCAGCAGCCAUGAACGUCCGGCAACCCCCCCAUACUGCGCAGGCCCGUAUGCCCCCCCAUCAUGCAAAUUCGAUGCCCGCGCCAACCCAAGCGAGCCAAACUAGCUAUCAGAGUCUUGGUGGACAGCCAGGAAGCUAUCAAACCCCUCAAUAUGCUUCACCUUCUGCUAUAAAUAUGGGCCCACAAAAUACUGCAGCCUCCGGAAGCCCAUUAUCAUAUAGCACAACAACUCAACAAACAUCUUCGACCUUGUCCCCUGCUUCUCCCAGCUUUUCGACUCAUUCCGAACCAUUGGCUCAGCACCAGAAUAUGUAUUCUGGUGGGGCCCCCCACAGUGCACCGAUGCAUCUCGGUGCGCCUGGUAGUACAAGUCCUAACAAUGCUUCAGCAGCCCAUCCUCAACCAUUCUCUGCUCCACCAGGGUCUCAAAAUCUGCCUCUCCCUGAGGUGCAGUCCAGCCACCCUCCCUCGGCACAGGGACAAGCUGCGUCAUAUUAUCAAGGGCAUCCUAGUCUGAACACAUCUCAAAACCCGUUAACAUUUGGGACUAACCGCCCUCCUGGAGUGUCCUCACCUCCUUCCGCCAUUCCUAACAAUAAUGUGCACCCAAACAUCCCAGCUCCUUCCCAAGCACAGAACUAUCUGAAUUCGGUCGAGGGUGGUUCAUUUUACCAUCAAGGGCCCGCAUAUUCUACUACCCCCAACACUGGUGCAAUAGGUAACCAUGCCCCACACCAUUCGAAUACAUAUCCGGGCCCCCAGCAAACGCCGCAGUCAAUGUAUUCGAAUGGAGCCGUGUUCCCUCCCACAGCUCCGCAUUUGCCGCAGGGUGCUGCCUACCCAUCUGCGCAAAACCAGCAACCCAUUAAUAAACCGCCGGUGUCCAGUCAAGUUAACUCUCAGGCACAGCCGAGCUCGGGCUAUAUGCCCAACAAUGCGGCAUCUCCUCAACAGUCCGGACAAGGAGGCCCAUCGAUUGGUCAGAUCCUUCAAACAGCGUACGGCGCUUACAACAAAUAUCAUCAGCAGGCGCAGCCGAACUCGGGCUAUAAGCCCAACAAUGCGGCACCCUCUGGACAAGGAGGGGCCGCAUCGGCUAUUCAGCUCCUUCAAACAGCGUACGGCGUUUACAACAAAUAUCAGCAGCAGGCGCAGCCGAACUCGGGCUAUAAGCCCAACAAUGCGGCAUCCUCUGGACAAGGAGGGGCCGCAUCGGCUAUUCAGCUCCUUCAAACAGCGUACGGCGUCUACAACAAGCAUCAGCAGCAGCAGCAGCAUCAGCACCAACAGCAACAACAACAUCACCAGCACCAGCACCAGCAGCACUAUCAGCAUCAUAGCAAUCACAGCAACAAUAAUGGCGACAAUUCCGGCGGAUCAGGCACCGAUGCCUUCGGCUAUGGGCUUUAUGGCGACCCCUCUCAGAUCCAACUCGACGACCAAAAUCAGGGGACUACCGACCAGAUGACUGAUAUGUUUAACCAGAUGAAUCUUGGGGGCGACCCGAAUGGCGGAACUGACUACUCAUUUGAUUUCAAUGCUUCUUUCACGGACAACUUCGACUUUGGAGGCAUGAUGCAGAAUUUCUCAGAUUUCUCAUCCAACGUCGACUUUUCGGGAGGUGGGCUAUUCGACGGCUCGGAUUCUUAUUAAUUUUCGGAAUUUCAUUGGCAACAAUCGGUCUUGGGGUGUAUCAGUGUUAAAAAAAACUUUUGUACAACAUGGUGUCUGUAUGGGGACUGCAAGAUG